GUUUCUAAACAAUGUUUCAAAUUUUUUGAUAAUUCUCAGUGAUGUUAGCUUUUUGAUAUUUUACAUCCUUCCAGAUCCAAAUAAACCAUUCUUAACCAAACCGAACCUCCCUGCAUUUCUACUUCCUCAUUCUGUUUCUUUACUGCAUAUCUUACACACCCUCCAAGGAGGAGUCAGAGUAUCCAGAGACCAGAGAACUCCACAACUGCUUAGUUUUUCAAAAGAGCCUUGUCAUUUUGUCUCCUGGCCGUCAGGAAAGGAUUAAGAAAAUGAAGGCUAAAUCAGCUGCGAUUUAACGAAGUUUAAAUCAAGUUCCUGACAUAAAAAGAAGGAAGUUUUCAGGAAAAUCCUGGUUCUUAACAAAAGGCAAAACUGGAAAAGGACCAGAUUGGUUCUGCCUGCAUCUUUACUCCAUACAUAGCUGCUUUCCAGGACAUGAAUCUUGCAAAUUUUCAAGAAAAGACAACUAUUCUAAUAGCUUGACAUCAAAAACUCAUACAGACCAAUUUCAAGUUGCUGAUAUAAAAAGGAGGUUCUCAGAAAACCCUUGGAAGAAAAUUGCAAAUUGAAAUGAGUGAACAAGUAAAUCUACCUGAAAUUAUAAACGACUGGACCAAAGAGCAUGUGAAACAAUGGGUAACCAAAGACCUGAAGAUUGAUGAAAAAUAUGGGCAGAUUCUGCUCACUGAAGAAAUAACUGGAUUAGUCCUGCAGGAAUUAACUGAGAAUGACCUUAGAGAAAUGGGGCUACCACGGGGCCCAGCACUUUUGAUAAAACGUACAUAUGACAGAUUGACUAACAGUUCCUCUGAAAGUAACAAUCAAGAUUCUGGACAAUUAGAUCAUACAAAACUCUUCAAAAAAGAACACCCAAAAAAGCUACAAAAGAUGAAAAAGGAAGAGGAAAAAUCAGUGUUACCCAAUACUGAUCAUGAUCUCAGAGAGACGAGAGAUACCAAAGAACAAGAAUCGAUUCUUAUGAAAGAAGAUUCUUUAAGUGAAGGAGUGACCACUGAAGACCGAAGUGAGGAUAAGCUACAAACAAUACACUUGACUUGUAUGCCAUAUCCUUUUGAUCAGUUCCAUAACAGCCAACGUUACAUAGAACAUAGAAUUCUACAACCUGAAACUGGCCCACUCAAUCUCAUAGACCCAAUACAUGAGUUCAAAGCCCUCACAAAUACAGAAGCAGCCACAGAAAAGGACAUUAAGAUGAAAUUUAGCAAUGAAGUCUUUCGAUUUGCAUCAGCUUGUAUGAAUUCACGCACCAAUGGCACUAUCCAUUUUGGAGUCAAGAACACACCGCACGGACAAAUUGUUGGUGUAAAAGUCACCGAUAAGGAUGCCUUCAUUGACCACUUUAAUAUAAUGAUCAGACAAUACUUUGAAGGAAAUGAGGUCAAUGAAGCCAAGAAGUGCAUUCGAGAGCCAAGGUUUGUGGAAGUCCUAUUGCAGAACAAUACACCAUCAGACAGAUUUGUCAUUGAAGUAGAUGUUAUUCCAAAACAUUCUGUAUGUGAAGAAAAAUAUUUCUUAAUUAGGAUGCAAAAUUGUAAAAAUGAAACAUGGAAACCAAACCAAGAUCUUUCACUGUUUGUGAGAGACGGUCCCAGCUCUAAGGAUAUCCUGGCCAAUGUCAAGCAACGAGAUAGAGUUUACAAAGAAUUUUUACAAAAUUUGAAGUCAGUGGUAGCAUCUAGAAAAGAGGCUGAAGAAGAAUAUGAGGUGAAGGCAAAUAAGAAAGAGAGUGAAGGACAAAAGCUGGUUAAACUUCUCAUAGGCAACCGAGACUCGCUGGAUAAUUCAUACUACAGCUGGUACAUUCUUGUAACAAAUAAAUGCCAUCCAAACGAAACAAAGAACUUAGAUUUUCUAAAGGAAAUGAAAUUGUUUGCUGUGCUGGAGUUUGACCCUGAAUCUCUGAGCAAGGGUGUGGUCAAAGCUUACAAAAAAGGCCGAGUAGCGAAUCUUCACUUUCCAAAUCAGUUUGAAGAAAAGACAAGUAACAUAAGAGAGAAAAUUUCCAGUUUGAAUCUUUAUGAUCAGCCCAGCUGGAUCUUCUGCAAUGGCAGGUCAGACUUGAAAAAUGAGAGCUAUAAGCCUCUAGAACCACAUCUAUGGUUCAGAGAUAGAGCUUCUGAAGUCAGAAAGCUGAUUUUAUUUCUCACAGAUGAAAAUAUAAUGGCAAGGGGGAAAUUUUUGGUAGUGUUUCUAUUAUUCUCUCCAGUGGAAAGCCCAGGAGAUCCCCUCAUUGAAACUUUCUGGGCUUUCUACCAAGUUCUCAAAGGAAUGGAAAAUAUAUUGUGUAUCUGUGUAAACUCACAGAUUUAUCAACGAUGGAAAGAUCUGCUACAAACAAGACUGACAACAGAAGAAGAAUUAACGAACCACAGUAUUUCCACUUUAAAUUUAGAAAUCAUAAACAGUACUAUCCUUAAACUAAAACCAGUGACACAGUCAUCAAGAAGAUUUUUGCCCUCCCAUGGAUUUUCUUCAAUUAUCUUAGAGAAAAAGGAAGAGGAUAUCUUGACAGCACUGGAAAUCCUCUGUGAAAAUGAGUGUAAAGACACAGACAUAGAGAAAGAUAAAUCUAAAUUCCAAGAAUUUAAGACAUCAAAAGAAGAACACUUUUAUCGAGGUGGCAAAGUAUCCUGGUGGAACUUCUAUUUUUCUUCUCAAAACUAUUCUUCAGCUUUUGUCAAAAGGGAUAGUUACGAAAAGCUUAAAGAUCUGAUACAAUGCUGGGCAGACUCUCCUAAACCAGUAUUUGCAAAACUUAUCAAUCUUUAUCACCACCCAGGCUGUGGAGGUACUACCUUGGCCAUGAAUAUUCUCUGGGACCUAAAGAAAAACUUCAGAUGUGCUGUGUUAAAAAACAAAACAACUGAUUUUGGAGAAAUUGUAGAACAAGUGACCAAGCUGAUUACCUAUAAGGCAACCAGCCAUAAAGAUUACUUUCCUGUACUCCUCCUUGUGGAUGAUUUUGAAGACCAGGAAAACGUUUAUAUCCUGCAGAAUGCCAUCGAUUCCAUUUUAGCAGACAAGGGUUUGAGAUAUGAAAAAACACUGGUAAUUAUCUUAAACUGCAUGAGAUCCCAGAAUCCUGAUGAAACUGCGAAAUUAGCAGACAGUGUUGCCCUAACCUACCAACUUUCUCCUAAGGAACAAAGAGCUUUUGAGGCCAAACUGGAAGAAAUUGAAAAGGAACACAAAAACUGUGAAAACUUUUAUUCCUUCAUGAUCUUGAAAAAAAGUUUUAAUGAAAUGUAUAUAGAAAAGGUAGUCCGGAAUAUCCUAAAAGGACAGAAUGUGGACAGCAAGGAAGGACAACUCAUUUCUUUCCUGGCUCUACUCAACUCUUAUGUUACUGAUUCUACAAUCUCAGUAUCACAGUGUGAAAUAUUUUUGGGAAUCAGACACACUAGUACCCCCUGGGAACCUGAAAGCCUAGAGGACAAGAUGGGAGCUUAUUCUACACUUCUAAUAAACACAGAAGUUGCAGAUUUUGGGAGAUACACAGGUGUGCGCAUCAUCCAUCCUUUGAUUGCCAUCUCCUGUCUGAAAGAACUGGAAAAAAGCUAUAACUUGAAUACAUGUCAAAUUGCACUAAAGAUCUUAAAGCAGGAUUUAUUCUAUACUUGUGGAAUAGGAAGAGAAAAAUUUCAACAUGACGUGCAAACUCUUCUGCUAACAAGACAGCGCAAGGAGUACGGAGAUGAAACAGACACCUUGUUUGCCCCAUUAAUAGAAGCUUUAGAGAACGAAGAAAUCGAAAAGGUCUUGGUGGCUGGAACGGUUCGAUUCCCACAAAAUGCAUUCAUUUGUCAGGCCUUAGCGAGAUAUUUCUACAUUAAAGAGAAGAAUUUUAGCAUUGCUCUGGAUUGGGCAAACCAGGCCAAAAAGGGAGCACCUAAAAAUUCCUAUAUCUCAGAUACCCUUGGUCAAGUCUACAAAAGUCGAAUCAGGUGGUGGUUGGAUGAAAAGAAAAACGCCAAGGAUAUUACAGUUAAUGAUCUAAUAUUCCUCCUGGAAGCCGCUGAAAAUGCCUCAAAAGCUUUUAAAAAAUCCCAAGAACAAGCCGAGAGGAAAGCCUGCGAAAUGGAGGCCUGGACACGACAGAAAUUACAAAGAAAAUAUGACACGUACAACACAGCCGGUUUUGUCGGUGAAAUAGAAGUUGGUCUUUACACUAUUCAGAUUCUCCAACUCACACCCUGUUUCCUCAGAGAAAAUGGAUUAUCUAAAACAGCUCUGGUAGACUUUUUAUCAGGAAAGGGGAUGAAUCCCACAAAUCCAAAAUGUGAAUAUUAUUUGGCUCUUCGCAAGUUCACAUCUUACUUAGAAAAUUUACAAUCAGAUUUGAAAAGGUGCUUUGACUUUCUUGCAGAUUAUAGUGUUCUUUUGAAAAUGAGGAACACCCAAAAAGAAACAGGAGAAAUUUCAUUAAACAAGAAAAUCACUCGUUCUUUCAGGAAAUAUGGGGAACUUUUCUGCUGUUUGGAUUUGGGUUUGCUACAAGACAAGGAGAAUCAGUUAUACCAAGAGGAGACUUGCAGGAAAGGUCUAGAAGCUUUGAGAGCAGAUAGGUUUUCUGGACUCCUAGAAUAUCUUCAUCCAAAUCGCAAAGAUGCUGCAACCAACAUGGAAAGUAUAGUGAGCAAAUAUUCUUCCCUACUGCAGCAAAACCCAAAUAAGCAGCUGAAAAAGGAGAAACUAAAUUUCAUUUUAGCCAACAUUAUUCUCAAUUGCCUAAAACCCCACUCCAAGUUCAUCCAACCGCUUAGCAUACUGAAAAGACAGCUCCGAGAAGUGUUGCAAUCCAUAGGACCAAGUCAUCAAUAUCCAGACCCUUUUUUUUUGGCCUGCCUUCUGUUCUGGCCAGAAAGUCAAGAACUAGAUGAAGAUUCCAAACUCAUGGAAAAGUAUGUUUCUUCCUUAAACAGAACCUUCAGGAGGCAAUACAGGAGCAUGUGCAGGUCCAAGCAGGCAAGCACUCUGUUUUAUCUGGGAAAGAGGAAGGGGCUCCACAGUCUUGUUUGUAAGACUGAGAUAGAGCAAUACUUCAAUAAAGCACAAAAUGUAAAUUCCCUCUCGCCAAGUGGAGACCUGUGGAAAAAAAAAGAAGUCAAAGACCUUCUGUGUCGUCUAACUGGUCAAGCUGAAGGCAAGCUGAUCUCUAUAGAGUACGGAACAGAGAACAAAAUUAGAAUACCAGUGAUACCUGUUUAUUCAGGUCCACUCAGAAGUGGUGGGAAUAUAGAAAGAGUGUCCUUCUACCUGGGAUUUUCCAUUGAAGGCCCCCAAGCAUAUGACAUAGAAAUAAUUUAAGAAGCUACAUUAACUCAAAUAUUUUAUUCAUAAUCUAUGAUUUUCUUCCCUCUCUCUAUUCUUAUGGCAUUUUGAUAACAUUGGCUUACCUGUAAAUCACAGAUUCUGCUUUUGUGAACUAUAAGGUUUUUGAUGGCAUGAAAUGUGUCUACACACGGAGUUUGGCACACAGUAGAGUUGAUUGUUCAAUGUUUUAAAAUGCAUUUUCAGACUAACAUAUUCAGCUGGUAUCCACUGGUCAUAUCAUAACUGGUUGUAGAUCAAUAAAAUCUGUUUUAAUUCUA